AUGAAAAAUCUCUCGCUGCAAACGCGUGGCCGAGCAAGGGUAACGCACGCCGUCAUCGUCAUCUUCCUGGAGUUCUUCGCCUGGGGUCUGCUGACCACACCCAUGCUGACUGUUCUUCACGAAACCUUCCCGCAGCACACGUUCCUCAUGAACGGACUCAUACAAGGCGUUAAGGGCUUCCUGUCGUUCCUGUCGGCUCCCGUGAUCGGUGCCCUGUCUGACAUCUGGGGCAGGAAGUUUUUCCUCCUGAUGACGGUGUUCUUCACAUGCGCGCCCAUCCCCUUCAUGAGGAUCAGCCCCUGGUGGUACUUUGCCCUGAUCGCCGUGUCAGGAAUCUUCGCCGUGACGUUCUCCGUCAUCUUCGCCUACGUGGCCGACAUCACGGAUGAGCAGCGCAGGAGCACGGCGUACGGCCUGGUGUCGGCGACGUUCGCCGCCAGCCUGGUGACGAGCCCCGCCAUCGGGGCGUACCUGUCGGCGCGCUACGGCGACAGCCUGGUGGUCCUGGUCGCCACGGUGAUCUCGGUGGCCGACAUCGCCUUCGUCUUCUUCGUGAUGCCCGAGUCGCUGCCUGACAAGAUGCGGCUGACCACCUGGGGCUUCCCGCUCUCCUGGGAGCAGGCGGACCCCUUUUCCUCGCUGCGCCGUGUGGGCAAAGACUCCACCGUAAUGCUCAUCUGCGUCACCGUGUUCCUGUCGUACCUGCCGGAGGCCGGGCAGUACUCCAGCUUCUUCCUCUACCUCAGACAGGUCAUUGACUUUUCCCCCGCCGCCAUUGCCGCCUUCAUCGCCAUGGUGGGCAUCCUGUCCAUCAUUGCGCAGACGCUCCUCCUGAGCGUGCUGAUGCGUACGUUGGGUAACAAGAAGACGGUCCUGCUGGGUCUGACCUUCCAGCUCCUGCAGCUGGCCUGGUACGCCUUUGGCGCCGAGCCCUGGAUGAUGUGGGCGGCGGGCACGGUAGCCGCCAUGUCCUCCAUCACCUUCCCGGCAGUCUCGGCCUUGGUUUCGCACAGCGCGGCCCCGGACCAGCAAGGCGUGGUCCAGGGCAUGAUCACAGGCAUCCGGGGUCUGUGUAACGGGUUGGGCCCCGCCCUGUACGGAUUCAUCUUCUUCCUCUUCAAUGUGGAGCUCAGCGACGUCCAGCCCGCAGAAGGACGGGACACACAACACAUUAAGAAGUCGAGCGUUCCCGGCCCCCCGUUCCUGUUUGGCGCCUGCGCCGUCGUCUUGGCGCUGAUCGUGGCCGCCUUCAUCAACGAGCGACCGCCGGCCGCCGCCAUCAAGACGUGCUCGGACAGGAAGCCCGGCGGCGCGGGCGUGCUCGCCGCGCCCGCUCAGGACGCCGGCCCCGUGGUCACGCCCCCCAGCGAUGCCGAGGACAUCGAGCCACUCUUACAGGACAGCAGCAUGUGAUUGACGGGCCGCCCUCGGCCUAUCGGCGUCCGGAGACCCGUCGGGUGCUCGCAAAAUGUGCCAAUUAUUUUCCAGACUUUUUUUUUUUUUUUUUUAAAUUUCGGAGAGGUCCAAGCAUCGUCAUUACCAUUGGCGACUGCAACUUCCUGUUUCCAUGGAAACGUCACAUGACUGAUGAGUUUUAAUUUGAAAGAACCUCCUGGAGCGAUUUCCUGUUCCGGCAGCACGUUUUUAGUGUACUGAAAGAAAAAAGAAAAAAAAAAAAGAUGCUGGCCACACGGGACCACCGGCUCCCUGCUCAUAUCAUCAAAUAUUUUUGACCUUUGGCAAAAGACGCCAACCCCAAAAGUCCAACUUUUAUUGGUGACCAGUCUGUUGUUUGUCCAUAGGUGCCCUGAUGUUGACUGGAGAGCAGUUGGCUUUUUGAAUUGGAUGAAUGGAAAAGUGUUUUGCCUUGUUGAUGAUUUCAUUCGAAUUGAAAGAAACAAAAGCACAAGAAAGAAUUUUAUUGCUCAUAUUUGAAGGUUUUUUUUUUUUUUACUAGCAGCCCUCAUUUCCAAAUAUGACAUUUUCGGCAGCAAGCUUUGGAAAUCACAUUCGGGAAUGAGUUUUCCCAGUUACUGAACAAACCCCGCCCCCCAAAAAUCUUUUGGUUUCCAAAAUAAAGGAAAUUAAUGAAGAAGAGAUUCUGACUCCCAAGAAUAAAAAUGAUCAAACCACAGUGAUGUCUUCAGGAUGAUGGAUGACCACCAAUCAGAUUCCGGGUUAGCAUGAGCAUAUUCGCGGUGGCGCUUCCCAGUGGGCGGGGUCACAGCAGACAGGAAAUGGUCACCUUGGUGGUGGAGAAGGGCAUGUUCUCUUUUGGUGGGGAGGGGACAAAGGCAGCAUUUCAGUUGGCCAUGUGAUAUUUGGAACUGUUAUUGAGUUGGGUUUUAUUUUGAAGUAUUGCUCACUUGACUUUUAUUUUGGUGUGCUAACUUGAUACGACUUCAAAAGAAAGUUUUUUGUUACUUGAGAGUGUUGAGAGUUUUAUGAAGUCGACUCAGUUCUUGCAGCGUGAACUUUAAUUUGAAAUGUUAAGAGUUUUAUUUUGAAGGAUGAAGUCAACUUGUGAUUUUUGGAGUAUUAUUAACUUACUAAUUUUGAAGUGUUAGAAAUGUUGUGGUUUAAAAUUUCAACCCCCGUAAUAUUUCAAAAUAAAAACGGGUACUUAAAAA